AUGACCAUGACAGUUGGUACUGGAGAGAUUGUGUGGCUGUGUGGCUGUGAGACCGCAAGGAUUGAUGUUGAGAUGCAGAUAGUUGACCGAUCAAGAAGAUUUAAAAGGUUGCAGGUCUUGGCUGUCGCAGUUGAUGCAGAUUAUUUUGUGGUUUGUGGAUACCGACCGGCUUGUGGGGGAGCGUUUGAGCAUAAGGUUGGAAUUGCGAAAAGUGAAGUGGGAGGUGGGAAGGGGGAAAUGGGGAAUGGGAAGAUGUUAGGCAUAAGAGUUAUCCGGAUUCGUUCCUUCGCGACAGCUGGCGAGAAGAUAUCCGCCGGGUCGCUUUGCGAAGCCACGCCCGGUUGUUGGUUUGCCCCGAGGCAACUUAUGGUGAGUAGCAUUUAA